AUGGCCUCAGAGGAAAGUGACACCGUCUUCGCCGAUGAAGACUUCGAUGACGACGAUGACGAAUUAUCAGAAGAAGACGACGAAGAAGAAUUAGACGACGAUGAAAACGACGACGUUCUCCUUGAUCCAGAGGACAAUGACAUCAUCAACUUCGCUUCUCCCUCCACGUCAUCCCCUACCGUCACCGUCGCCGUUCCUUCCUCCUCUGUCACCAACGCCAUCCUCGCCGUCGAACCGCCAAUUGCCAAGUUAGCAAUCACCACGACGGUCAUAACAACCGUUGCCACCACCACAGCUGCAACAGCAACCACCACGCCUUCCCCGAAACGACAGCGUAUCACUAUCGAGCCACACCUCGAGGAGAAGAAGUCGCAGCCAAUUCCUAUCGACGAUUCGCGGAGACUUUUUCAGAGGCUGUGGACCGAUAAGGACGAGAUCGAGCUUCUCCAGGGGUUUUUGGACUACACGACGUCGCGUGGUGUUGGAAAAAUAGCAUGGAGUGAAUAA